AUGAUAAACUGUUCAAUAAAUCAAUUAGUUACUGGGCUAUCAAUGAAUUAUACCUUUGAAAAUGAUUCCUUUAAACAAUUAAAACAUUCUCAUUAUCUACAAGUGAACCAAUUCAAUCAAUUGAAUUCAAUUGAAUUAAUGAAUAGUGAAAAAAUUCUAUUAACAUCCGAUAUACCAUUGCAUUUAGAUACCAUGUUUCCAAUUAAAUUUUAUGGUGAAUAUUAUAAAACAGUUAGAAUAUUAUCAAACGGUAUUAUAAAUAUUGUGGAGUCAAAUCUUGGAAAAUUAUCUGGAAGCAUUAAAGUAUUUUAUGGAGUUUGGAAAACGGGUCAAGUGGAUAUUAUUCAUAAUGAUAAGUUUCUAACGGUAAGAUGGCCUAAUCUUAACAUUUACAAUGCACAUGGAAAAGAAAUGAAAGAACGUGCACAAAUAACAUGCACAAUACAUGUUAAUGGGAACAUAUCAAUUUUCUUUGAAACAAUACCGAAUGGAACAUUUAAUGAAACAGAAGAAUCUAUGCCUGGAAGUACUAUAUAUUAUCCAACGAAAAUUCAAAAUUAUGCCUAUUCACCUCAUUACAAAAACACUGCGAUAAAAGUUCCUGCAUUCUUGAUAAAGUCGAACACCUUAAUGGAAUUUAUACCAGAUCCAAUUUGCUCUGAUCAAACAUCAUGCGGUGAAUGUCUCAAACCAGGUGCAUUCGUUACAAAAUGUUAUUGGUGUCCAAGAACAAGAAAGUGUACUAAUACUCAUGAUAGUUAUGCGAGAAUGUGGAAGAAAGGAGAGUGUCAAAUACAGAAUAGUGAAAAUUGCACUGUUCAGAACGAUAUUCGAACUAAUCCGAUUCAAAAUAUCAUCAGUACAGCAAAAUCCUCGAUCAGAAGAACUAAACCUACAAAUCUCACACAGAAAAUUAUAAACAACAAGUUAUCAGAACGCGUACCCAAUACGACUACUGUUCAAAAUAGUGAAAAUUGUACUGUUCAGAACGAUAUUCUAACUACUCCGGUUCAAGAUAUCAUCGGUACAGCAAAAUCCUCGAUCAGAAGAACUAAACCUACAAAUCUCACACAGAAAAUUAUAAACAACAAGUUAUCAGAACGCGUACCCAAUACGACUACUGUUCAAGUAAUUCAAGUUAAUAAAACAUUGAGUAUUCAACUAGGCAAUAUGUUUUUUAUACUUCAACAUGUGAUUGAUAGUUCGUAUAUAAUCUUAUGGAUGUUAGCGACUAUAUUCAUUAUUCACUUUAUUAUCCUUUUCAAUAUAUUAUGUAAUCUAUUAUAACUUUCAUACUUCUUAUCAAUGAUUUCUUUGUUAUCACGAUAUUUUAUUCCGAAUUUAUUAUUCUUAUUUAUUCACUUAUCCACUGUAUGCUCUGAGAAGUUGUAUGUUUCUAGGGAAAUGUUCGUCUUCAUUAUUUGAUUUGUACAUACAUGAUUAUUAUUAAACAGGAAUUAGAUAGAUUUCCAUCAGAAUAGUGAAUGAAUAUGUUAUGAAUGCAGAAUAAUGUGCCAAUCAUUAUCAU